AUGCAUAUAGUGAUGCAUGCAAUCACUAUUAUCAUUGUGACCGAUUCAAGUAUAAUGCAAAACGUGCGGACAUGCCUUAAUCAUUAUAAUAACAACAAUGAACGUCUUGUAAAUGCUCUAUGUGAUGGUACUGUGCCUGAACAUUUACAAUUCGAAGCACCAAGUGCAACAACGUCAUCAGUAGCAUCUGCAACAAUGUCUAUAAAUGAAAAUAAAGAUGAAAACGUAUUCCCUAGUGAAAAUUCAUCUAUACUUGAGCAACGUUCAAAUAUAUACGAUAAUGAUGAAUUUGAUAUAUUCAAUCGAGGCAAUUUUGAUAUUACAAGAAUACAUCGAGGAAAAAAAACACGAGACACACUCGAAGUUUUCAAUGAUAAAUCUCAUCUGGAAGGAAUGAGUGAACGAUAUUCUCGUUUAGGUAUUGUUGAAGACGAAACUGAUGGAGAAUAUGAUGAUGAAUAUGAUGAUACUUAUGAUGAUGGAAUUGUUGCUGUUAGAGAUAAAGCUGAUACAAUUGAUAACGAAUUAGAAAAGAAUGAAAAUAGAUUAUUUGGAAAGAAAGCUCAACACUUUCGCCAACAAACAGAUGAUGAUGACGACGACGACGACGACGGCGAACACAAUCAACGCAGACAAGAUAAGUCUCGCAUUCCAUUUGUUGAAAACCCUGAAGCAGUUCGUGAACGAAGAGCACAACAACGUGCAGCAUGGCAGCAACGCCAUCAGCCACAUCGAUCGCAUACUGAUGAAAAACAUGAUGUUGUUGGUAAUGCUCGUGGUCGUGGUCAAUCGACAACAGUUGCGCAUAAUCGACGUUGGAAAGAUGCACAUGGAAAUCAUAAUCGUCGAGAUCGAGCUGCGCAAAAAUCUAAUCGUGGAUUACUUUCUUAA